GGCUUGUUGUGUUGCUAUUCUUUUCGCAACCCCCUUUCUCGUUCGCCAGGCUGCUGGUAGGUGUAAAGACUCUUCCGGGAGCAACAGCUGCCCAGCACGUCGGCCGCUACCCUCCUUGCCCGGACUCUCAACAUGUCCCCGUCCUCGACGGGAGACUCGCCCCAUUCAGGCUCCGGUGCAGUAACAGGAAACCAGACCGGAAGCAGGCCGUUCCCCUUGCCGUCCAGGGAUGGCUUUUCUAUCGACAUCCCCUCACCGCAGCUGACAGCCUCCAACGGGCCGAACAACUUGAAAUCUCCCACCUCGCUCAAAUCCGCCCGGACGCCGAGUUUUAGUCGGGAGGGAAUCCUGGGUGCGGCUCAGAAGGCCCGGAACCUGGUGCAACCUUCUGAUAAUAAUCGGCAAGACAACAUGUCUAACGGGCCGCACAAGACGUCCAGCGACGAGGGCAUGAAUCCGCUGAAGAGGAGGAAUACCGACGCUGGCGUCGACUACCCGAGGAGGAGAGCAACGAUUGCUUGUGAAGUAUGCCGUUCACGAAAGUCACGAUGCGACGGGACCAAGCCCAAGUGCAAGCUCUGUACAGAGCUUGGCGCCGAGUGCGUCUACCGGGAGCCAGGCAUCAAGCUCGACGCUGGCGACAAGCUAAUCCUGGAACGCCUUAACCGCAUUGAGGGCUUGCUUCAGAUGAACAUGGUCAACCAGGGGAACGGCAUGGGCAUCUCGCAAAACUCGCCCAACAUCAGCAAUGGCACGGCCUUGAGCGGCGACAACAUGAUGAUCCAGAAUGACAACAAUUUUGUCUCCAUAAUCCCUAGCGGAGGGUUAGGCACCUGGUCCGCCCCCAUCCCCGGAACGAAUAUCUCCACAAUGCCAAAGAUCCACACGAAUGCUGCUCUUCAUCUGCUCCAAUGGCCUCUCAUCCGGGACCUCGUCUCGCGGCCAUACGAUCCCCAGAUCUUACUCCAGCUCGAGAUGGCUCGAGAGCCGCUGCAUUCGCUGGCGAAGACGCCCUGUGUUGACCUGUCAAACACGAAUGCAUAUAUCGAGGCCUACUUCGACCGCGUCAAUGUCUGGUACGCCUGCGUCAAUCCGUACACCUGGCGAAGCCACUACCGCAUUGCCCUGUCGAACGGCUUCAGGGAAGGCCCCGAGAGCUGCAUCGUCCUGCUAGUGUUGGCACUCGGCCAGGCGAGCCUGCGCGGAAGCAUAUCCCGCGUGGUGCCGCAGGAGGAUCCUCCUGGUCUUCAGUAUUUCACGGCCGCCUGGUCACUGCUUCCCGGAAUGAUGACGUCCAACAGCGUGCUGGCGGCACAAUGCCAUCUCCUCGCAGCUGCCUACCUCUUCUACCUGGUCCGGCCGCUGGAGGCCUGGAAUCUGCUCUGCACCACAAGCACCAAGCUUCAACUGCUGCUUAUGACGCCGAACAGAGUGCCGUCGGAUCAGAGGGAGCUUAGCGAGCGAAUCUACUGGAACGCACUCCUCUUCGAGAGCGACCUACUUGCAGAGCUCGACCUACCUCAUUCCGGCGUGGUGGCAUUCGAGGAGAACGUUGGCCUUCCCGGAGGAUUUGAAGGGGACGAACACGAGGCAGUGGGGCGCGACGACCUAUGGUACUUCCUGGCCGAGAUCGCACUACGGAGGCUCUUGAAUCGGGUCAGCCAGCUCAUCUACUCCAAGGACUCGAUGGCGUCGACAACCAGCCUGGAGCCAGUCGUGGCCGAGCUGGACUUCCAGCUGACGCAGUGGUACGAGAGCCUCCCAGGGCCGCUGCAAUUUCCCUUCACGCGGGCGAUGCUCCCGGACCCGGUACAGACGGUGCUCAGGCUGCGCUUCUUCGCCUGCCGAACCAUCAUCUACCGGCCGUACAUUCUGGCAGUCCUGGACAACGAACAGGCGGUACUGGACCCCUCAGUGCGGGAGAGCUGUCACAAGUGCCUCGAAGCCUCAAUUCGGCAAUUGGAACAUAUUGCUGCACAUCACGCCGGCCAUAUGCCCUACCUCUGGCAGGGCGCCCUGUCCAUCGUAUCGCAGACGCUGCUGGUCAUGGGCGCCACCAUGUCGCCGUCGCUAUCCGGCAUCAUGAUGACGAUCGUCCCCCACCGCGAGACGAUUGACCAGCUCAUCAACGAUGUCGUCGUGGAGAUCGAGCGAUAUGCGGUCCUGGCGCCUAGCCUGAGCCUGGCUGCAGAGAUCAUCAAAGAGGCUGAAGUUAGGCGACGAACUUUCCUCAGCGGUUGAGGGCGAUAGCUGCGGCGGCGCAUAACUCAUGCCGACCCCAAAAGCAGGUUCAACUCCUGCUGCAGCUGCAGCUUCUCUGCAGUAAUCAGCAGUAGC